AUGCAGUUCUCUCACGCUCUCAUCGCCCUUGUUGCGGCCAGCCUCGCCAAUGCUCAGCUCCCUGACAUUCCUCAGUGCGCCUUUCAAUGCUUCGCCGAAGCCCUCGGUAGCGAUGGUUGCUCAAGCGUAACCGACUUCGCCUGCCACUGCAAGGUGCCAACCCUUCCAGCAAAGAUCACCCCUUGCGUUGAGGCCGCCUGUCCACCGCAAGACCAAGCCUCCGUCUCCAACCUCGUCGUCUCCCAAUGCUCCGCAGCUGGUGUCCCCAUCGUACUUCCUCCCGUUGGCACUGGCUCCGCCACUGGCACCUCUGCGCAGCCAACAGGUGCCCCCACCGAGUCUGCCACCGGAACCCUCACCCCAUAUCCAACCGAAUCUGCCCCAGUUACAACCCCAAGCGUGACUGAAGGCCAGACUCCAAAACCCACCGGUACCGGUUCUUACACCAUCCCUACCCCUACGGGCACGGGCACUGUCCCACCUGCUCCGGGCGCUGGCUCCAACCUCAAUGCCAACAUUGGAGGCAUUGCUGCCGCCCUCCUUGCCCUUGCUGCUUACCUGUAA